AUGGCGGCCGCUGCUUGCGGUCCACACUGUGGCACAGGCACAAAUGCUACUAAAACGCACAAAGUACACCUGCGGAAAAGUAAAGAUUCACGUCGGAGGCAAGCAGCACUUUUGUUCCUAACCAACAUAUCUUUAGAUGGAAAACCAGUGUACCCUUUAAACAAUGGCAAUCCAUGCCCUAAAGCUGCCGAGCACCGAAGUCUGGACGCUGGAGCUUCCAUGGUCGGACCGUUGUCGACAACGAGCAGCUACGGAACCUUCACCCAGCUGUCAACUUCAGUGAGCGGGGGCGUUACUACUCCUUUGCCGAGGACUAACACCUUUCCACCUGUUUUAUUUUUACCAUCCCCCGGGAUUGGGGGCAUUGCCAGUGAGAGCUUCUUAGAAAGCAGUGGAAAGACAGACCUUUUGUCAUCUCAGGGAUCCCCUCUUUCCCCGACCUCUGGACCCCAGAAUCCCGUUCUUGGAGCUAGCAAGUCGCCUACUCUGACCUCAGUUCAGAGUUGUAACGUUAUGCCUCCAGAUGUCCGUCAAAGCACACAAACCCGGUCAGGCUCUCCUGGGCCCAGAGCAUCCAAGAAGGUCCAUUUCAUCAAGAACAUGCGGCAGUAUGACACACGAGGCAGCAGGAUUGUGCUGAUAUGUGCCAAGCGGUCUCUAUGUGCUGCUUUUUCUAUUCUACCAUAUGGGGAGAGCUAUCAUUGCAGUGACCCCAAACUUGAGCCCCACAGACCGAGGAACUCGUCAGGGGGCGCCCCGGACAUGGUGCCCGGGCUGGAGGGUGUGGAGCUGGGAGCGUUUGGGAAGACGGUGUCAUAUGCCCGUUUCCUGCUGCCCACCAAUGCCCUUGUGAGGCAGAAGAGCAGUGGCCCUCUUGACGCCAACACGGCCAAGUCCUGUAACCGCAACAACGUCCAGAAGAGCUUCACGCCCGCACGCCUCAACAGCACGGCGGAUACGGGUGGGGAUGAGCUGGGCGACUACGACCCCAACAUCCUGAGUGACCCGCAGUGGCCCUGUGGCAAACAUAAGAGGGUGCUGAUCUUCGCCUCCUAUGUGACAACUGUGAUCGAGUAUGUCAAACCGUCUGACCUGAAGAAGGACAUGAACGAGACAUUCAGGGAGAAGUUCCCCCACAUCAAGCUGACCCUGAGCAAGAUCAGAAGCCUGAAGAGGGAGAUGCGUGCGGUGAGCGAGGAGUGCGGCCUGCAGCCGGUGACGGUGGCCAUGGCCUACGUGUACUUUGAGAAGCUGGUGCUGCAGGGGCGCUUCAACAAGCACAACCGCAAGCUGGUGUCGGCCGCCUGCGUCCUGCUGGCCGCCAAGAUCAGCAGCGACCUAAAGAAGCAAGAGGUCAAGCAGCUCAUUGAUAAACUCGAGGAGCGUUUCCGUAUAAAUCGGCGGGAGCUGAUCCCUCUGGAGUUCACCGUUCUGGUCGCCCUGGAGAUGGCCCUGUAUCUGCCCGACAGCAAAGUCAUGCCACACUACCGUCGCCUCGUGCAGCAGGUCUAGAGCCGCAGACUGCCCGCCCGCCCGCCCUGGCACACCCGACCAUGAUUGUUUCCUUUUAAAUCAAAACAGCGAAGGAUCGUCUCAGUGUAAUGUUACGGUCUUCCAUAUCCACUGUAGAGUACUUUUAAAGUCAUAUAAUCAAACGAACAGUCUUUUUUUUACAUAUCAUCUUCGCUGAGCAGCAGACGCCCUAACUGUGGGCACUGAUGGCAGAUAACGCCUCUGAGGCAUCAACAUAUCAAUUUUCGAUGGGAGGGUUUUUAUUUGGUCUAAGGUCUCUCUCAGAUGAUUCAUUGUGAAUGGCACAGACGAGGCCCUGAGACGGGUUUAUUGAUGAGCGGCUGGCGCUGAUUGACUGGUUUUGCUGAUCAGCCGUGAGCGCCGGCAGCACUCUCUUUAAUGGAUCACGUGAGGGAGACCCGUGGCUUUCACCUCCAAAGACCCGUGGUCUGAUCGGCAAUGGCCAGCAGUAAUAUAGGGUCUGCUGGUUUAAUGUUGGUAAAACUCUGUGUGUGUGUGUAUGCAUACGUGUGUGUGUGUGUGUGUGUGUGUGUGUGUGUGCAUACGUGUAUGUUUGUGCAUGUCUUCGAGAGGCACUAUAUGUUUAUACGAGGGAGGUGUAUGAAUGCAUGGAUGCGUGCGCCUAUAUGUGACUGUGAGUUAAACUGUGUGAGUGUGAGAGAGAGACUAUAUGUGCCGAUUGUGAGGUAGGUUCUUUUUUGUGUGCAUGUGUGUUUGAGAUUGAGUUUUGUCUGUGUGUGUUGUUUACAUAGACUAUGUGUGUAAGUGCUUUAUGUGUGUGAUUGUGUAUGUGUGUAUCACAAAGAGAUUAUGUCUGUCUGUGUGUGUGUGUGUGUGUGUGUGUGUGUGUGUAUUAAUGUUUGUGCUCUUUGUGGUGGGCCUCUCCUGGGGGCACGAGUGGCAUUCCGAUGCGUAUGCAGCCAAGCACUCUAUGUUAGAGAUGACAUUUAAUGAGCACAUUCAGCGUGCCGCCUGCUCCCUUUCUUUUGUUAUCGUGUCAUCCGCGCGUCUUUUCGCCCAAAGUCGUUUACUUUGCAGACUGACAGUCUGAACACAAAUGAGAAAUGAGGACUUUUUAAAAAUAGAGCUAUUUUUCUUUACAAUGCUUCAAGACUCAUUAGUAGGUUUUGAAUACCGCUCAUGCACAUAUUUGUUUUUUGUUUUUGUUUUUUUUCCCCCAUGACUUUCAAGAUACCUUUUCAUUAAUAUAAGACCAGUAGCUUUACGUAUGUGGGUCAUUUCUACAGUAUAUAUUACCUUUUACAUUUACGAAAACAACAGACACGUCUUACAUUUUGCACAAGGAUAUCUUAUAAGAGUCAUAGAUAAAAAAGAAAAACUAAACAAAAAACAACAAAACAAUCAGAAUGUUGGAAUUUAUUAACUUUUUCACUGACACAGCUAGUCUUCAAUAUGACAGAAGACUACGGCAAUGUAUGUACUUCAGUAGCUUCUAAUGUGUUCUGAAUGUGAAGUAGUUCCUGUUUUUUGCGACUAUAGACAGUGACUUGUAUUUAAAACUGUGUGUGUGUGUGUGAGUGAGAGUCUUGUGUUACAGCGUGGAUUGUAAACACGGCACAGUAUUCCUCGGCAAAGCUGACAUCAGCAAAUCUUUAACAUCCUGUUAAAAGCACUGUCUGUCGUAUUGGUGAUUUGGUGUAGUUGGAUUUAUGAUAGCAUUUAUGGUUCCCUUAGUUUAGUUAAAAGUACACCAUGUCUGUCCGGGAGUGUGCUUUUGUCUAUUCUGCACUUUUGGAUAUUUUAGGGGGUUAGUACUGUGUCAGGAUGUCAGAGUGAAGACCAUUAUCUUGGAGUGUAUGUCUGGAGCAGACCAUACAGCCACUGUGUACCAAUUAUUCCCUGGAGAUUUUGCACACAGCAGACAAUUUAGCAUAGAUCUGUCCUCCCAUUUUUUUCCUGUCUGUAUCCAUGGUAGUGAGUCAUAAAUAUAGAAACCACUUGGUCGCCACCUAGUGGUGUUGAUGGCAAUAUGUUUUGCCUCUCAUUAUCAAUUCUCCUCUUCUGAUGUCACAAUUAUCUUAUUGCUUUCUCAGGUACUUUCAUAAGGUCGUAUUUAACUGUAAUUUAUUGUAAUAUUUUUUAAAGUUUGGUUCAGCCUAUGACUGACUGAUUAUGCUCCUGAAACAGAGGACUGUUGGUUGGUUUUAUGGGAAGUAGGCGAUGGGAUCUUGUGAAAAUAUGCUUUGUGUUCGACUCAUCAUGUAUUUAACAUGUGUAUUUAUUGCCAACGCAUUGUUUUCCUCUUGAAGUGACAGCCAGUCAUGAAGCAUACACUGUGAGCAUUUUUCUGUAGUGGAAAGUGCCUAAGGAUCCAAUAUUUCAAAGGACGUCAAAAUGUUUGCCGUUGUAAUGUUCUUGUGUGUAAUUUUACUUCCUUGCCUUUGGUUGCAUCUGGUUGUUCUGAGAGCAUUGUGUUAUACUGUCUUGUUGGUAAACAAAUCUCUGUGCAACGGCCUGCAUUUGAAGAGUUUUGAGUUUUCUAUGAGAGAUAGAGGUGAAUCUGACGGCCUUGAGUAGACGUCGAAGCGGUGUGUGAGAUAGAAACACGAAGCUGGUCCUCUGUGCAAGAACACGGUCAAAAGAAAUGUAAUAGAAUUCUGGAUUCUAUUUGUGUUUACCACGGUACGCACCUAAGCUUUAUUUGAAGGUCACUGUACUGUGAGAAUUAUUGUGAUAAGGUACCAAGUCCAUUUAUACUGUACUGCUGAUAAGCAUGGUGUAUGUAUGUAUGUGUGUGUUUGUAUGUGUGUGUGCGCUCUAUUUUCCUAAAUGUAUUUUAGAAAUUGUCCUAUUCAAGUCUGAAUUGAUACAGAGCAUUAUGUUGGAGAAAACAAACCAGCAUUUGUUUUUUUUUGUGAUGCCAUGAGUGAUGCUUUUUUGUAAUUUUCACUCCAUUGUUUCCAAAAUGAAUUAUAUUUUCUGACCGUU